AUGUCCCCAAGUGUCCUCAACGUUGUCCCCGACAUUGUCCCCUGUGUCCCCGCAGCGGCCAGCCCCGAGGAGGGCCGGGAGGGCCGGAAGGAGAAGGACGGGGACCGCGGUGACGACCGUCAACGGCCCAAGGCCACCAAACCCUUGAUGCCAACCUCCACCAUCCUGCGCCUCCUGGCGGAGCUGGUGCGCUCCUACGUGGGCAUCGCCACCCUCAUCGCCAACUACAGCUACACCGUCGGCCAGUCCGAGCUCAUCAAGGAGGACUGCAGCGUCUUGGCCUUUGUCCUGGACCACCUCCUGCCCCACACGCAGAACGCCGAGGACAAGGACACGCCGGCGCUGGCCCGGCUCUUCUUGGCCAGUCUGGCGGCGGCCGGCAGUGGCACCGACGCCCAGGUGGCACUGGUCAACGAGGUGAAGGCGGCCUUGGGCCGGGCGCUGGCCAUGGCCGAGAGCACCGAGAAGCACGCCAGGCUCCAAGCCGUCAUGUGCAUCAUCAGCACCAUCAUGGAGUCCUGCCCCUCCACCUCCAGCUUCUACAGCAGCGCCACCAAGACCCAACACAACGGCAUGAACAACAUCAUCCGCCUCUUCCUCAAGAAGGGCUUGGUCAACGACCUGGCGCGGGUGCCCCACAGCUUGGACCUCUCCAGGUCUUGA